GUUUCCUCAUUUUUGUUGUAUUUGUUUACAGUUAUUGUUAAAUAAUAAAUAAAAAUAUUAAAAAUGGACAAACUGACUAUCUUCUUUUGUCUCCUUCAUGUUUUUAAAGGUUACGCAACCCUAUGUUAUGUAUGCAAUUCUGACGAAUUUCCGGAAUCAUGCGCAGAUCAUAUUGAUAUGACGACAAAAAAUAUAAUACAACACACUCAAGAUUGUAAAGGGAGCUGUUUUGUAGGAGCGCUGGCUGAUCAGACAAACGAAGCUCAUCUUCGAAAGUGUAGCAAUGAACUAACUGGAUGUGAUAAAAAAGAAAGCGGAUUUAUUUGUCAGUGUUCAACUGAUUAUUGUAACCAAAACUUACUAAUGUGUCAUCAACAGAGUAACUGCUCCCAAGAACUAUUUCCGAUAUUCUAACAAACUAAAAAAAAUUAUAAUGUAAUAUUAUAUAUGUUGAUAAAUAUUAAAUUUAAAAAGAGGAAUUUUUAUUAGCAAGCAUUAAUUAGACAGUCUCAUUUGGAAUCUUAAUAACCCUCAAUUAACUUAAAAUUUAGGGAUU